AUGAACCCCAGACCAAAGCGAGCAGCCUCGCCGCCCAUCGAGCCCAAACCCUCUCGUCUGAAACCGUUUAAAAACCGCGACGGUCUAGGAGCCUACAUCAAAGACCCCGAGUCCUUCUCCGCGUCAACCGUCGUAUCCCACUCGCCGGAGUUCGUGGUGAUCCACGACCUCUACCCCAAGUCCGCCGUACACCUACUCAUACUGCCUCGAGACCCCCAAAAAUUCUUCCAACACCCCUUCGUCGCCUUUGAGGAUACGAGUUUCCUUGAAAGCGUAAGGCAGGAGGCUGCAAGGGUGCGAAAACAAGCUGCUUCAGAGCUACGAAGGAAGUUCGGGAAGGUUUCGGCUUUGGAUAGGAAGAGGAAUGAGGCGCUUGAUGCUGAUGAUGAUGGGGAUGAGAAUACAGUACCUGAUGAGCUGCCGGAGGGGAGGGAUUGGGAGAAGGAGAUAAUCUUUUCGACGCCUUUUUUUGUCGAGCUUGAUGCGUUUCCGCUGGCGGAGGACGACAAGCGCAGACAUCCUGAUAGAGAAGGGUAUUUGAAGUCGGAUCUGAAGUGUUGGAGAUGUGGCCGGAACUUUGACAAUAAGUUCACGCAGCUGAAGGCGCAUUUAGAGGAAGAGUUUGAGGAAUGGAAACUGACUCCGAAGCUCCAUACCAAAAAAGAAGAAGAUUUUGUAAAGAAAGUGAGCGACGCGGGCUCCUUGACGAAGAAUGAGAAGAAUCGGUGGACUGGACGGCCAUAUCUUGAAGCACAAGGAAGAAAGAGAAGUGAAUACAAGGGUAUAAGGAGCGUGAGAAGGUUGCAAGGAAACAAGAAUAAAAUGAAGUGA